AUGAUAUCUCGCUCAGUAUUGUUCGUUGGUGUUAAUCCCGGACCAUUUUAUGAAAGUGAUUUCACAAACAAUGAAAUUAUUAUUAAUUAUGAGGAUGUGACUUUACCAAAAAAAUCUGAUAUUAGAAUUAGUUAUGUUGUCAGUCAUGAUACGCGUUCUUCCGCGUUAAGCACAAUUAAGCAGUCUAUUUUCAGUAGUCAAAUUUUUAUAGGAAAAUGUGGAUUUGAUGCAUUUGAGAAAGCUUAUCGAACACUUAAUACAGAAAAAUCUAAAAUCUUUGGGUUACAACCUUUAAAAAUAUUUUGA